CAUAAAGUAUCUAAAUAUUAUCUUAAAAUAUUUAUAGCUAUUAGCAUAAAAAUAUAGGUCUUAAAUUUGGUAUUUGUAUUUUACAGAAAGGCUUAAUAUAAGCAAACUGAAGAACGUGAUUGCAGCACUUAGUUUAUAUCUCCAAGAUUAGGACGACACAUGUUACUGAAAAUAAUAACAGUUACUUUUGUUUAUAUUUUGUUAUUACUUUAAAUUAAUGUCUUCAACUAGAUUAUCAAUAUUUGGAAUGAAAUCAUAUCAAAGUGCAACUGGAAUAUAUUUUUUGGAAUAAAAUCUUGGUGAGUGCUUCAGUCCUUCGUAUUUCUUAAAUUACUCACCAGUUAAAAUGAAAAAAAAUGGAAAGAGUAUUCCAUUUUAUUACAUAUCAUUCCAUAUCAUUACAGAAAAAAUAUUACAUUGAAAAAUCAUUCCAUAUUAAUUAUUUUUACCAUUUGUAAUAAAAGGAAUGAAAUUCCACAAAAGAAGUAAACAAAAUUCAAAGUAAAUCAUUUCAUUACAAUUUGAUCAUGAAUAAAUAGAAUGAAAUAUAAUCUAUUUUCUCCACAUUCCAUUCUUUUUUAGUUCACUAGUUUCAUUUAUAUUUACCAUUUACCGAUAUAUUACUUAAAAGUUAUUUUUGGCUGAACGUCUCUGUUUGCAUAUAUAAGAGAGCUUAAAUGUAAGUGUAUAUGGCAAACAAGAGCUUCAGAAGAGUUUUCAAACGUCAAGCAAGAUCAAAUAUGCCUAAAGUACACAUAAGUCUUUGUUUCGUCAUCUUUUUAUGUCUCUCCUUGCAAAAUUUCAUGAGAGUAAACUCACAGAGCCAAGGAUCUUGGUGUAUAGCGAACGCUCUUACGGAUAAUGAAACAUUAUUAAAGAACAUAAAUUUUGCAUGUUCACAAAUAGAUUGUGGAAUUAUUUUGGAAGGAGGUUCAUGUUAUGAUCCUAAUACUCCUCUUAAUCACGCUUCUGUCGCCAUGAAUCUUUAUUAUCAAGCUCAAGGAAGACACUAUUGGAACUGCCAAUUCGAUGGCUCUGGUCUCAUUACCGUCAUUGAUCCUAGCCAUGGGAGUUGCAAAUAUCAGUAUAAGUAAAAACAUGCAAAGCUUUGUAUUGGUUACAAAAAUAAAAUGAAUAACAGAUAGCUCUAUUUAUGUAAUUUCAUGUUUGCUAUCUAAAGUUUGAGUGGCUCGAUUUAUCAUAUUC